AUGGCUUCCAGCUCGAGCUUCCUCGCGACGGCCAUUACCGUGGCCGUUGUGCUCCUAGUGGGCAACGGCAGCACCGGCCACGCGGCGCGACGCCUCGCCGCCGACACGACCGAGGCGCCGGCGCCGGCUGCCGCAGUUCCGGCCAUCCCGAAACCGACUGUCCCCACCGUGCCGGCGGUGACGUUGCCGCCGAUGCCCGUGGUGCCCGGCGUGCCAAAGGCGACGACGCUGCCACCGAUGCCCGCCAUGCCGACUGUGCCGGCGGCGACACUGCCGCCGAUGCCCGCGGUGGUUCCCGGCGCCGGCGUGCCGGCGGUGCCAAAGUUGUCGCUGCCGCCGAUGCCGUCGAUCCCGGCGGUGACGCUGCCACCGAUGCCCGCCGUCCCCGGCGUGCCGAUGCCGUUCCUCGCGCCACCUCCCAAGGCGUAAACCUAGCUAGGUAGCGUGGUGCUCGACGCAUGUCACGAUGUGUGUGUGUUUAUGCUGUUCCGUUUGUGUGUCAAUUAAUUGUAAGUUUUUUUUUCUUUUUCUUUUUUGGCAUGGCGUGUGGAGUAGAUGUUUUGUCAUUCUUUCAUGUAUGUACAAUAUGGACUUUGUGCUUAAUUGAGUGC